AUGGCUAUAGUUAGGCAGCGAUUUUGGAUAUUUCAUGCUAGAGGAGUAAUUCGCAAAAUUACUGGUAGUUGUCUACAAUGCUUUAGAUGCCAUUCAAAAUUGAAUAAUCAGAUUGUGGGCGAUUUACCCUCUUCUAGAGUCACCGUAGCGAGGCCAUUCACUGUGACUGGAGUGGACUUUUGCGGCCCUAUUACAACAACGUAUCUACUUCGUGGGUACAGAACAACAAAAAGCUAUAUUGCUGUUUUUAUUUGUUUUGCCACAAAAGCUGUGCAUAUGGAGGUGGUAUCUGAUUUGACUGCAAAGGCUUUCCUGGCUUCAUUAAAAAGAUUUGUAGCUCGACGCGACUUAUGCUUAAAAUUAUUUUGCGACAAUGCCACUAAUUUUGUGGGUACUCGUAAAGAGCUCGAGGAAAUGAAAUGCAAGUUUUUUGAUCAACAAGUACAGGGCAAGAUUUCAAAAUAUUGUACUGCCAAUAGUAUUGAAUUUCAUCAUAUACCACCCAGAUCCCCCCACUUUGGUGGACUAUGGGAAGCGGCUGUAAAAUCAGCAAAAUAUCAUUUGGCUAGAAUAUUGGGUCAAUCGCAUCUUACAUUUGAAGAGCUGGCAACAGUGGUUGCGGAAGUAGAGGCAGUUUUAAAUUCAAGACCUUUGACAACCUUGUCUAACGACCCAAAUGAUGAAAGCGUUCUUACACCGGCACAUUUCUUAACAGGUGGUCCGUUGGUUCGAACUGUGGAACCUACUGUGGAUAGCGAAGAAUGGUCUCAUAAAGAUAGAUGGCUACGAAUUUCGGCCAUACAACAACAUUUUUGGAGAAGGUGGUCGGCGGAGUAUCUUCAUGAACUUCAACAGAAAGUCAAAUGGACUAAGAAGCAGAAGAACCUUAAUGAAGGUGAUAUGGUGUUAAUUGCAGAAGAAAAUUUGCCUUCUAAGCAAUGGCUUAUUGGGAGAGUGCUGAAAGUGACAAGAGAUGCUAAAGGUUGGGUUCGAGUUGCUGAUGUAAAAACAAAGAAUGGAGAGGUUUGCCGAGCAAUCCAUAAAUUGGCAUCUAUUCCAUCUGAAUGUUGA